CCCCUGGAUUUCCGGGGGGUAUUUUCAUGUUGAGAUUCGAAACCACGUGCAGAAAUGUGAGCACGUUUAUUAUUGUAUUAUAAUAGUAAUUUAACAGUUAUUAAGAGAUCGAAGUGUUAUUCGGCCAUUCAACAAUUUAUUCACUAUUUUUUUCACUCAGCAAAUCAUUGGCAGUAUGAAGUAUAUUCUUGUGACGGGUGGUGUCAUAUCUGGCAUUGGUAAGGGCAUCAUAGCCAGCAGCGUGGGCACAAUCCUCAAGUCCUGCGGCCUGCACGUCACUGCCAUCAAAAUCGACCCGUACAUUAACAUAGAUGCGGGCACCUUUUCCCCCUACGAACACGGUGAAGUGUUUGUGCUGGAUGAUGGAGGAGAGGUUGAUUUAGAUCUGGGAAACUAUGAACGCUUUCUCGAUAUCCGGCUCACCAAAGACAACAACCUGACCACCGGCAAGAUCUACCAGUCGGUUAUCAACAAAGAGCGUCGAGGAGAUUAUCUGGGCAAAACUGUACAGGUGGUGCCGCACAUAACCGAUGCUAUCCAGGAGUGGGUGAUGCGUCAGGCCAGAGUUCCUAUAGACGAUGAUGAUAUUGAGCCUCAAGUGUGUGUCAUCGAGCUGGGUGGUACGGUUGGAGAUAUCGAGAGCAUGCCUUUUGUCGAGGCCUUCAGACAGUUCCAGUUUAAAGUGAAAAGAGAGAAUUUCUGCAAUAUUCACGUCAGUCUCGUGCCACAGCCCAGCGCUACAGGAGAACAAAAGACCAAACCCACCCAAAACAGUGUGAGAGAGCUCAGAGGACUGGGGCUUUCACCUGACCUGAUCAUGUGUCGAUGCUCCACUCCGCUUGAUAACUCUGUUAAAGAGAAGAUCUCUAUGUUUUGUCAUGUGGAACCUGAACAGGUGAUCUGCGUCCACGACGUCUCGUCUAUCUACAGGGUGCCAUUGCUUUUGGAGGAUCAGGGUGUUGUGGGAUACUUCUGUCGCCGAUUGAAUAUGCCCAUCGAAAGCAGACCCAGGAAGAUGCUUGCUAAGUGGAAGGAGAUGUCAGAUAGGUCAGACAGGUUGUUGGAGCAAUGCUCCAUUGCUCUGGUUGGGAAGUACACAAAGUUCUCCGACUCGUACGCCUCUGUGAUUAAAGCUCUCGAGCACUCGGCUCUCGCCAUCAGCCACAAACUGGAGGUCAAGUAUAUCGAUUCUGCAGAUCUAGAGCCCAAUACCUUACAGGAGGAUCCUGUGAAGUAUCAUGAAGCCUGGCAGAAGCUAUGCAGCGCAGAUGGUAUUUUGGUACCAGGAGGUUUUGGAGUUCGAGGGACGGAGGGCAAAAUUCAGGCCAUCAGCUGGGCAAGAAAACAGAAGAAGCCGUUCCUGGGUGUAUGUCUGGGGAUGCAGUUGGCCGUGUGUGAAUUUGCUAGGAACGUGUUGGGCUGGAAAGAUGCAAACUCGACAGAAUUUGACCCAGAAUCCAAACAUCCUGUGGUGAUUGACAUGCCAGAGCACAAUCCAGGACAGAUGGGCGGCACUAUGCGAUUGGGGAAAAGGCGGACCAUUUUCAAAACCCAAAACAGCAUACUCCGAAAACUUUACGGAAAUGUAGACUAUGUAGAUGAAAGACACAGACAUCGUUUUGAGGUGAACCCAGAGCUCAAGGAGCACUUUGAAGAAAAGGGUUUCCGGUUUGUGGGUCAGGAUGUGGAGGGCGAGAGAAUGGAGGUCAUUGAGUUGGAUGAUCAACCUUAUUUCGUUGGCGUCCAGUAUCACCCAGAAUUCACAUCCAGGCCGAUUAAACCAUCUCCACCUUACCUUGGUCUGUUGCUGGCUGCCGCUGGCCGACUUCCAUCUUACCUCCAGAAAGACUGUCGGCUUUCACCACGAGAGACAUACAGUGACCGAAGUGGCAGCAGCUCUCCAGACUCCGAGAUUGCAGACUUCAAACUAUGUUCAGUAAAUGGAAACUAAAUCA